AUACAGACAACAUCAACAAUCAAUAUGCAAUUCUUCAAAGCUGCUGCAGUUCUUUUGGCCAUGUUCGCCGCCUUCGCCAGCGCUGAGCCCGUCCCCAAACCUGGCACUGUGCUUGUCCAGACCGACAACGUUCAAUACAUUCGCACUGGUUAACUUCUAAGACAAAUAACUGAAUUGCUUACAUAAAUAUAACGGAUGUGUUAAACUAAAUAUACAAUGUGUUCAACAUAUUUA